AUGGACUUUUUAUUUCACAACAAUCCUCAUCGCGAAUGUCAAAUCAUUGGUUCUUGCAAUGGGUUGAUUUGCAUGUUGGUAGAAUUUUAUUUUUCGGUUGAGGUUUAUGUAUUCAAUCUUUCAACAAGGGAGGCCAAGCAAAUACCGGAUUUUAGGGGUUUUUUCUCCAAUUUCCCUAGUGACAGGGUUGGAUUUGGGUACGACAAUUGUUCUGAUGAUUACAAAGUGGUGGCAAUAGGCGACAAUAGCAUCUAUGUGUAUUCACUUAGAAUAGGUUCUUGGACAAAAGUAGUUCAAGACGUUAUUCCUAUGUUCAAUUUUCGUGCUUCUGCUGCUAAUGGGACGCAGCAGCUGAACGGAGCCCUCCAUUGGCUUUGUUGGAAAAACGAUUCCGACGAAGUGCCACCGGAGAUUGCUGCUUUUAGUUUGGUGGACGAGAAACUGUGGAAGAUUCCCUUGCCUACUUCCUUCACCAAUUUUCGAAAGGCCCGAUUGGGCGUGUUUGAAGGAUGCCUUUGUAUACUACCGUGUUGUUGUGACGAUGAAUUUUGGGUUAUGAAGGAAUAUGGGGUGAUGGAGUCUUGGACUACACUUGAGAUUAAUGUCCCAUUUUCAAACAUGUUGAAGCCAUUGGGUUCGCCGACGAGGAAUAUUGAUGAAGCUCUGCUGUUGAUAGACGAGACUAAGUUAGAAUUAAGAACAGGGUUCAACCAGUUUGACCGGGUGGUGGUGGCCGCGGCGGCCUCUUUGGUUGUAGCUUUGGGGCGGGUUGUGGUUUCCGCGGCCGCCGCCUUGGUUGUAGAUUUGCGGCGGGUGGUGGUGGCUGCUGCGGCAGCUGAGGUACUAAUAAUUGUUGUUGCUGCAUUGCAGCGGGUGGUAGUGGCCUCGGCGGCAGCUGAUACAUAA